AUGGAGACGAAGGAGAAGACUGUCGUUCCCAAAAGCAAGAGCCCAUUGAGCAUAUAUUUCUCCCUCGAUCGCGUCUCCCUUCAUCCGUCUUCUCUUCUCAUCUCCCCAUCGCCAUCACAUCUCUUGUCUCCAUCACCACACAUCGCAAAGCUUCAAACCAUGAAGUUCCUCGCCGCCGUCACCGUGUUCGCCUCCGCGGCCCUCGCGGCGCCCAACCCGGAGCCGUGGUGCUACCGCAUCGGCGAGCCCUGCUGGAAGCUCAAGCGCACGGCCGAGGCCUUCAACCUCGCCGUCCGCUCGCACGACCUGACCACCCGCGCCCAGGGCGAGGCCAUCCCCGACGAGGUGGCCCUGUCCGCCAUCGAGGGCCUGGACCAGCUCAAGAAGCUGAUCCUGGUGUCGACCGAGGACCCCAGCAGCCUGCUGCCGCCCAACGCCACGGAGCCCGAGAGCAAGCGCGACGUCGAGGUCGAGGAGGACAAGCGCUGGUGCUACCGCAUCGGCGAGCCCUGCUGGAAGGCCAAGCGCGAGGCCGAGGCCGAGGCCGCCGCCGAGGAGGAGAAGCGUUGGUGCUACCGCAUCGGCGAGCCCUGCUGGAAGGCCAAGCGCACCGACGAAAUCUCAGAGGAGAAGCGCUGGUGCUGGAUCCUCGGAGGAAAGUGCUGGAAGACCAAGCGCGUCGCCGAGGCCGUCCUGAGCGCCACCAUUGAGGGCGACGAGAAGCGCAGCGUCGAGGCCGAGGGCAACGCCGACGAGAAGCGAUGGUGCUACCGCAUCGGCGAGCCUUGCUGGAAGGCCAAGCGCGACCUCGAGACCAUCCAGGACGUUGCUCGCAGCGUCAUCGAGUCCAUGCAGUAG